ACUUUAACAGAUGUCUGCAGUACUAGUUUGAGAACAAAGGUUAGUAAAAUUAGUUUUAUUUUGAACUUUUAUGUACUUUCAAUAUCAAUUUGAGGAGUAAAAUGCUCAAGGAUAGCAAUUUGUGGCUUCAUUCCAUAUGGUGCUAAACUUAAAACUCAUAAAAUCAACAUAAUCCUACAAUUAUUGAAUUUGCCAACAGUAUCUAAAGCAAAACAAUAACUAUAGACUACAUAGGCGAUUUCAUAACACUUGAGCAUACUUUUACUAAAUGAAAGAUUUUAGGAAUGGUUUAAUUGUAAAUUAAUUUUGUCUUGAAUUUCUGGUAGCAUACUGUGGCUCCAUUUUUUUAGUCCCAGGUUAACUGUGAUUUUACUGCUAACUAAGAGUUGUCCAACAAAAACCAUUUUUCAACUCCUUGUUAGGAUUAAGAUGGUAAUUAACUCUGACUAGAGGGUCAUGUAGAAGAUAAAUAGGAAGUCAUAGUUUAACUGCAACAUGAGCUGUCAUAGAUGACACCAUGCACAAACAAAAACAUCAUGAAAUGCACAGAACAUGAAUGUUCAGAUGAGGAAGCAUCAUUACUACAUCUAAAAUUAGGAGGACCUGAAAAACAAAUUAAUGGGCAACUGAUAGUAAACUUUCAAUUCAUAGUUAACCAAGUUGAAAGUUGAACUGCAAUUGAAAAACUGAUCCUUUAAAGCAUACCAAUGAAUUUUUUUAGGUACAUCCAAAAUUGGCUGAUGUUUUAACAGAUGUUUGUGUUGAUGCUAUUCUAUCAAUCAAACAAGAUGACAAACCUGUUGAUCUGUUUAUGGUUGAAUUAAUGGAAAUGCAACAUAAGACUGAGACUGAUACACAACUUGUCAAAGGUCUUGUGUUGGAUCAUGGCACUCGCCACCCAGAUAUGCCUAAGAGCCUAAAGAACUGUUAUAUCCUCACUUGUAAUGUGAGUAUGGAAUAUGAGAAGAGCGAAGUGAAUUCAGGCUUCUUCUAUAAGACAGCAGAGGAAAGGGAAAAGUUAGUAUCGGCUGAACGAGAGUUCAUUGUCCAGAGGGUACAGAAAGUGAUUAAUUUGAAAAAGCAGUUGUGUGAUGGUACUGAUAAGACAUUUGUUGUCAUCAAUCAGAAAGGCAUAGACCCCAUGAGUUUGGACAUGCUUGCUAAAGAAGGCAUAAUGGCCCUACGUCGUGCAAAACGCCGCAACAUGGAGCGUCUGGCCUUAGCCUGUGGUGGUGUGGCAAUGAACAGUCUUGAUGACCUGCAGGAGUCCUCUCUUGGCUAUGCUGGCCACGUGUACGAGCACGUGUUGGGCGAGAACAAAUACACCUUUGUUGAGGAUUGCCGCCAUCCACAGUCGGUCACCAUUUUGAUGAAGGGACCCAACAAGCACACUUUGCAGCAGAUCAAGGAUGCUGUUAGGGAUGGACUGAGAGCAGUCAAUAAUACCAUACAGGAUAAAUGUCUGAUUCCAGGUGCUGGAGCUUUUGAGGUGACAGCGAACAAGGAGUUGCUUGCAUUCAAGGACACAAUCAAAGGCAAGGCUCGACUUGGAGUAGCGGCAUAUGCUGAAGCAUUGCUGGUGAUCCCAAAAACGUUAGCAGUUAAUUCUGGAUACGAUGCGCAGGAUACCAUUGUGAAACUUCAGGAACAAUCUCGCCUUAGCGCAGAACCUAUAGGGCUGGACCUGGCUUCUGGAGAAGCAAUCAAUCCCAAAGACCGUGGUAUCUUCGACAACUAUCUGGUGAAGAAGCAGAUUAUUAACUCUUGCUCCAUAAUAGCAAGCAACCUGCUUCUUGUCGACGAAAUCAUGAGGGCUGGAAUGAGUAGCCUCAAAGGAUAAUUACUCCAUGUAUUUUGACUAUUUCAGUUUUUCUUUUAACAUGUAAUCACGUCCACACUUUUUGUAUUAUGCUAUCAGUACUACCACCUUGUUGCUUUUUCAAAUAAAGUAAUAAUUAACCAAUUUU